AUGAGGUCCCUGAGGCCCAUUAACACCACCCGUCAAGCGCUUCAAGGUGCGUUGCACAACCACCCGUCGAGCGCCUCAAGGUGCGUUGCACAACCACCUGUCGAGCGCCUCAAGGUGCGUUGCACAACCACCCGUCGAGCGCCUCAAGGUGCGUUGCACAACCACCCGUCGAGCGCCUCAAGGUGCGUUGCACAACCACCCGUCGAGCGCCUCAAGGUGCGUUGCACAACCACCCGUCGAGCGCCUCAAGGUGCGUUGCACAACCACCCGUCGAGCGCCUCAAGGUGCGUUGCACAACCACCCGUCGAGCGCCUCAAGGUGCGUUGCACAACCACCCGUCGAGCGCUUCAAGGUGCGUUGCACAACCACCCGUCGAGCGCCUCAAGGUGCGUUGCACAACCACCCGUCGAGCGCCUCAAGGUGCGUUGCACAACCACCCGUCGAGGGCCUCAAGGUGCGUUGCACAACCACCCGUCGAGCGCCUCAAAGUGCGUUGCACAACCACCCGUCGAGCGCCUCAAGGUGCGUUGCACAACCACCCGUCGACCGCCUCAAGGUGCGUUGCACAACCACCCGUCGAGGGCCUCAAGGCACGUUGCACAACCACCCGUCGAGCGCCUCAAGGUGCGUUGCACAACCACCCGUCGAGCGCCUCAAGGCACGUUGCACAACCACCCGUCGAGCGCCUCAAGGUGCGUUGCACAACCACCCGUCGAGCACCUCAAGGCACAUUGCACAACCACCCGUCGAGCGCCUCAAGGUGCGUUGCACAACCACCCGUCGAGCGCCUCAAGGCGCGUUCCACAACCACCCGUCGAGCGCCUCAAGGCACGUUGCACAACCACCCGUCGAGCGCCUCAAGGUGCGUUGCACAACCACCCGUCGAGCGCCUCAAGGUGCGUUGCACAACCACCCGUCGAGCGCCUCAAGGUGCGUUGCACAACCACCCGUCGAGCGCCUCAAGGUGCGUUGCACAACCACCCGUCGAGCGCCUCAAGGCGCGUUGCACAACCACCCGUCGAGCGCCUCAAGGUGCGUUGCACAACCACCCGUCGAGCGCCUCAAGGCACGUUGCACAACCACCCGUCGAGCGCCUCAAGGCACGUUGCACAACCACCCGUCGAGCGCCUCAAGGCACGUUGCACAACCACCCGUCGAGCGCCUCAAGGCACGUUGCACAACCACCCGUCGAGCGCCUCAAGGCACGUUGCACAACCACCCGUCGAGCGCCUCAAGGUGCGUUGCACAACCACCCGUCGAGCGCCUCAAGGCACGUUGCACAACCACCCGUCGAGUGCCUCAAGGCACGUUGCACAGUUCAGUGGUUAA